CUCAUUGUUCUAUCUGCGGUUCGACUGUUGAUCCGGAAACUCACUGAGGGACAUACUCUUCCGCUCCGAGAUUUGUUCUAGUAAAUAGAUGAUAUUUAGUUACUAUUAAAGAUAAUAGUAUUGUUAAUAUAGUAACUUGUUCUACUGUCAAUGGUUCAACAUAUUAGACACACUAACAAUAGCUCGUUAGUGUCAAAAUGUUGGGGAAGUGGAAGUGAUCGUUAUUUUCCAUAUAUGCAACUUGAACUGUGAUCGAAGUAGCCUACGUCCAUGCAGGGUAUAACGUUAGGUCUACUAGGCUACUCCGGACAGUUGCUCUGUGAACAAUUUAGGGGAAAUGACAGGAAAGGUUGAAGGGAUGAAGCAGAAAAAGACUAAAUUGAAGGAUUUCCUCGAGAAUAUCAGUGUGCUACAAUGGAUACUGACCUUCCUCUUAUUAGGUCUGGCUUGUAUUGGGUUGAUGGUGUACCUUAUGUUUACCUCUCUGUGGCCACUGCCUACUCUCUACUUCAUAUGGCAGUUGAAGGACUGGCACACACCUGAAAGAGGGGGCAGGAGAACUGCAUUUGUGAGAAACUGGAAAAUGUGGAAACAUGUAAGGGACUACUUCCCAAUGAAGUUGGUGAAGACAGCGGAGUUGAAUCCAAACAAGAACUACAUCUUAGGGUGUCAUCCUCAUGGGGUCAUGAGUAUGGGAGCCUUUACCUCUUUCAGCACUGAGGCCUGUGGCUUUAUGGACCUCUUCCCUGGGGUGCGCUCCUGCCUCUGCAUACUAGGUGGCAUCUUCAAGGUCCCCCUCUACAGGGAAUAUGCCAUGGCCACAGGUUGUUAUCCAGUCAGCAAGCCCAGUCUAGAGCACCUUCUGUCUAAAAGUGGGAAAGGCAAUGCGGUAGUGAUUGUGAUAGGGGGCGCUACUGAGUCUCUGCUGAGUCUGCCUGGGGUCAAUACUGUGUAUAUGAAGCAGAGGAAAGGCUUCGUCCGGGUGGCUCUGGAGUUUGGGGCUGACCUGGUGCCUGUCUACUCGUAUGGGGAGAACAAUAUCUUCCGCCAGGUGAUCUUCACAGAGGACAGUGUGGGCUGGAGGUUGCAGCAACUCUUUAAGAAGCUCAUGGGCUUUGCCCCCUGUCUGUUCGUGGGUGAAUGCUGGUUCUGGAUGCCUUACCACUGCCCUGUUACCACUGUCGUGGGUAGUCCUAUCCCAGUGCCAAAGCGGCCUUCCCCCACUCAGGAGGAAGUGGAUCACUACCAUGGUCUCUACAUGGAGGCCCUGGCCAAGCUCUUCCAUGGACACAAGGCCAGCUGUGGACUCUCAGACAGCCACGAGCUGCGCAUCAUAUAGGCCAAUCAUUUCGACUGCUCCCACAAGGACUAUGUGAAUGACGAUUUGUCAUGGUGUCUUUGUCAGAUACUGUAGCCAACCUCCCACAGUGAGACUACUUGAAUGAACAUACUCCAACUCAGGAUCCAGCGAUGUCCCAAUCAUUGAUCCCUGGAUCCACUAAGCUACCUGGCUAAUAACUUUGGACUGUAUUUACUGUAAGGGAACAGUGCAUGUGCUUUAAUGUACCAAUAAUUUAACCACUUUGGUAAGGGUUUUUUUCAGUUCAGGUACACAUUUUUUUUCUUGAGGCCAGCAAAAGUCGGUAACCCCUUCGUCGGUAUUCAACAGUAGGAUUCUUCAGUAAAGUCUUUGUUGUCAAAAACGUCAACAUUAAUGACAUAAUUUUUCAGUUAUGCCAUUAAUGUUGACGUUUUUGCCAGGGGGAUCUUAGUAACACAAUUGUACAUCUGAAAAAGAAUGCACCAAACAUCUUAGUUAAUGAAAAAAUGUGCAUGAAAAUGAGUCGUCUCUCAUUAAAUGACACAUAGACAUUAUUAAAGAAUCCCUACUGUUGACCAAUCACCGAGGAAGGGGCGUAGACUUCAGCUCCGAACUUCGGCUCGCCUCCAGAAAAACAUUUGUGUUUCCGAACAGCAGAAAAACCCCUCACCGAAGUCCAUAACGACGAAAAACGUCACAAAAUGUCUUAAUUAAUGCACAAACUCUACUGAACAGUUUCGGCUGGGAAGCAUGCUGACGCUUAUACUCUCCAUUCAUAACCAACAGAGAUUGAUUGUGAUUUAGGAUUUAUAAGGAAAUACUGUGCAUACACUUCUACAUGAAUGUGGAUGCUACCAUGAUUACAGGUAGUCCUGAAUGAAUCGUGAAUAAUGAUGAGGGAGAAAGUAAGAGACAUAAAUAUCAGACACCUGUGAAAGGAGGGAGUCAUUGCUAAAUGAUGAGUGGAGAAACUCACAAGUUCUACCCAUCACAACACGAACAACAUUCAACCAAAGGAGAAGAGACCAGGUACACCCUCUGCAGUGCCAGUGGUGUACCUGGUUUCAUGUUGCGCACAGGCAGCGGACACAGUAGUAGUGCGCCCCACAGGAAUUGCAGGUGUGGUGAGACCGGAAGCCACACAUGGCACACAAAAGUGACGCUGGGGCAGUUUGGAGGGCUCGGCACAGGCUGUCGGGUCCCUCAUUCCGAAUCAGUUCCUAUAGCGAGCAGCUGGAGAUAAAAGGAAACAAGGAUUGUGAAGAGAAGAAGCAAAUGAUCAAAGAGAGGGGAGGAACGCAGGGCCAGAUUUAUGGACUCACCUCUUCCAGUAGAGCUAGGAUUUUUUUCUGAAAUCUCAAUUUGAAAUAAUCUCCUCGUGUCUUCUUCUUCUUGCCUGAGGACAUAAGUGGAGUGAGCCAGGAAUGGACAGAUCAGUGAUUGCAAAACUUGUGUAUUAUGUAUCUCUGAUCUGAUUGUGUUUGCUUUAGACUCAUGGCUGUCCUCAAACUGGGGGAGCGUCUUGGUCAGCUGGUUUAGGCUGGAAUGAGGAUCAUCAAUUGUCAUUUUCGAAGUGUCUUAAGCUCUCUGGUUAAAAGCCAAUUUAUGCUUCAUCCAAAAAUGUGGUCGGAGGCUUCGUAUGGAGGUUGUGACGCCAUUGUGGAGCCUCCGGAAGCAUGCAGAGACCAAAUCAAGCUCCAUGCAUCUCUCAAAUGUUGUAACAAUGCAGCGGGCUCCGUAUAGCUCCGCAUUGACGUGAUUGGUUGAAGCAUGUUGUCUUCUUUUGACUCUAUACUCCAAAAGUAUGGAUUUGAAAUCAACUUUAAUUAUCUUCAUCCAUAUUGGGUGAACCGUAUAGAAAUUACAGCACUUUUGGUACAUAAAUCCCCCAUUUUAGGGGAGCAAAAGUAUUGGGACAAAUUCACUUACCGGUAUGUGUAUUAAAGUAGUAAGAAGUUAGGUAUUUGGUCCCAUGGGAGCGGUACUUCCUGUAUAAACGCAUACUCACUUAUUUUUGAAUAUGAUUUUAGUUAUUUGCAACAAGGAAAACUAAGUGACAGACGACAAUAGAGAUUAAAACAAAAGAAACAAUGUGCAUGUCUGGUUGGAACCCCAAGGGGUUAUAUGAAAACGUCACAUCAAAAUAAACAAUAUACAAUACAUAAGUACAAAAAUAAAAAAGGUUUGUUAAAACAAAACUUACUAAUUAUAAAUGAAUUGUCAUCAUGAAAAAAAAUAUAUGUUUUUGUUUAUUUGGGUGUGUACAUGUGAGUGUAUUGACACCAUAUGGAGAAGAUGACAGAGUAGUUUGGUUCAUCAGGCUGACCCCAAGUCUUUGCUUGAAGUUAUUGUGGGAUGAUGAUGUUUUGGCAAUGUGAAGAUAAGAAUUCCAGGGUAUGGUACCUCCAUAUCUGACAGCGACCUGGCAAUGUGAGGUCUUGUGUUAUUUCGGUGGAUUUCAGAAUUAACCUGGAAGAGUCCAUUGAAGGUUUUAAGUAAACUGUCUGGGCGGUAUACAUAUUUGUAGAUAGAAGGUGCAUAAUUGGCGUACAUUAAUGUCAUAAAUAGACAACAUAUUGAAUUUCUUAAACAAAGGUACAGAUGGUGCCAGGUAAUUACAGGUGGCCAGUCUUGAAAAUGUA